GCCACAAUUCAAAAAAGUUUUGGGCGGUCCCAUCACAAUUUGGUUUUGCCUGUUGGCAUCAUCACUGCUGCGCAAUGUAUGCAUUAUAACAAAUAGACAGGCAGGAUUAGAUUAGACUAGACUAGUCGACUAGUCUAACAAUGGAGAGGUCAAGGCCGUACAAAGUCCUUGGAGGGAGGAGAGACCAUCUACCAUCAGACAACAACAGCAUCGUGGAGAAGCCCCGUCCCUAUAACUACUUUGCCCAUCAACUACAAAAGAUGGCGGCCAGCGAAAUCAACAGGAAAGAAACUCUCACGACUGCUGCUUGCGGUCAUGCUGCUACCCAAAGUUCUUCCGGCAAUGAGAAGAAAGGUUAUUUGCAUUCUCCUGUCGACGUGACGACUACAGGCACUCCUAAACGACGACGCAAAGAGGACGGCGAUGGUUCGCGUAUCCGAUUCUCUCCCGAGAAAAAUAAGAAAGAAGCACUCGACAAUGAUGAUACCUGUACCGAUACCGACGCAAGGAACAACACCCAUGCCAACAGUCCCGACGAGGACGACCAUUCUCAGCUGGCGGGUACCUUUAUUCUGCAACCUAUGGACCAGCAAUAUCGUGUCAACGACAACCUGUCCUACUCAGACUCGGAAUCUUCCGUGGUUCGAAAUCUCAAUCAAGAACUCAUGUGGGAAACUUUGAAGGAAGAUGAAGAAGAAGAGGAAGAUGCCCCCUUUGACUGUCGCUUUCAUACCGGUACAUCAGGAAAGGUCGUCUUGGAAGGCUCACCAGCCACUGGCAUGACAUUGUUAACCCACCAACAUGCCUCGCUGCCACCUCCAGCCAAGGAACCUCCAAGUCCAGACACUAGAUCAUCCAGUAAAACUUCCAGCAUGGAUCAGGACGAACAGACUGUGGAGGAUUCCACUUCUUCUUCUUGUUCUUCUUCCUACUCCUCAUCGACGUCUUUUUCAAAUACUUCAAAUCGAUCAUCAUCAUCACCAAUGCAAUCUGCUCCAAGAACCCUAGAGUUUGUAGGUCGCCAAAUCUCCGAGUGCAGCUCUGUGACAAUGGAACUGGAUUCAGAAGGUUCCACUUCCUCGGCAGGCAGCUACUCUUCCGACUAUGAUUCCGAGUCAUAUGAUGCUUCUAUCAAUUCACUGGACACGGGUGUCAUGUCCAAAAGGGAAGGCUCAAACUAUCUCAGUUUCAAGCGAAACCAAGGUUCCAGAGCCACAGAUAGCUCUACACUUUCCGACAGACAGUGCCAGCCGGCUGAUUCCUUGUCGUUCUGGAUGUGGUCACUGGGAGAGACGGACAAUCAGUUCGAUAGUCCUACUCAACAACUCCAGCCAAAACCUUCUCCCCUGAAUAAUCCAAGGACGAGAAGUUCCAAAAAACGCAAAGGCCAGCAAUCCAAUCAGCAACAACAACAACGACAAGCCAGUGGAGGGGGAAGUUUCAUGUUUCCCAUGUUUCCCACGGACCCCUUCAAGAGUGCAGAGUCGCACCAACGAUCCAACCAACAAACUGCUUCCACGGACUCGCCCUUGUUUUUAGACGUUAUGGCAGACGAACUCAAGCAACUCGCAAUCAUUGCUGGAAAGAGUUCGGAGGAUCUAGUCUCGUCCAUUUUUACCCAACUCUGUGAGGACUCGCGCGAGUCAUCAUAGAAUAUAUACUACUGUACCUCCUUGAAAAGAAGACUGCAUCUCAGCGACAACAAUAAGAGAUUGUUCUUGAACCGUGUUGACUCGCUUUAUGUUAACUGUAUUAGCUAGCCAACGAAAUGCAUGGGAAAAAUACAUUCACGCACGCAGAAGAAUGUUUCGCUGAAGAAAUACGUAUAACAAAAGUACUAUAAGAGGACAAACAUCUUUUUUU